AUUUGAGAUAGAAGCAAUUCUCUUUGCAACGAGUUAUCGGAAAUUAGUAUAUUUUGGACAUGCAUUAGAAAUGCUCUUACAUCAGGUUUUAGAAGAUGAAGCUGAAUUUUCUGCAAGAUGUUGCGCACGUAAAACCGAGGUUCCAUUAUGGGAUUACUUAUUUCCUAUUGUCGAUAAAUGUAUGUCCACUAGAUUACUUAAAACGGCUACCUCAUAUUUAUUGGUUCUUCAUACAUUAGAACCAUCAUCUGAUAAUAGCAAGGUAAUUGUCGUAAUUUUCUGGCCAAAAAGACACCCGGGCAAAGUACCCCCAUGA